GUUUUACCGCGAACAUAGACGGGGUCGUGCUGCGUGUUUAUGGCGUCAGGACCCGAAGUUAGCAAACGAUAGGGAUUAUCACUGUCAACGUUCUGUCAUGGCGAAGCAAAGCUCACUUUUCAAUUUCUUCUCCAAGUCUCCACCGCCGGUGUCCAAGCCGAAGCCUCGAGCUCACCCGUCCUCCGUCGACAAGUCCACCUCGUCUCCAAAAGAAGAAGCUAAACUACACUCGAGCAAGGCCACCAAAGUCAAACCAAAAAUUGUCGUUAAGAAUUCAAAAGGAGGAUUCAACAAACUGUUCAGUGACAAUGCGUCAACAGCCAAACAUGUGAGUUCCACAUGUGUAUUCAGUGCGGGUUCUCUUGUGUGGACAAAGCUGGAGGGGCACCCAUGGUGGCCAUGCAUGGUGGUACCUCAACCUUUGACCGGACAGCAGAUGCGAGGCCGGGGUCGGGCCCACCGCAUACAUGUUCAUUUCUUUGAUGAACCGUCCACACGGGGAUGGGUCAGCACCAAGUACAUCAGAGAGUACAAAGGUUCUGACAGUAGUGAUGCUAAAACUGGAGGGUUGUUUUUCAGUGGGAAUCCUAAAAUCCGCCAUGCAAUGGAGCUUGCAGACAAAGUAUUGUUUGAUAGCCCACAAAAACGAUUAAAGAUGCCUCUUUGCACAGAUCCCUCGGAUGAGGAAGAGGAGGUAGAAAUGCAGCUUGAUAAAUCUACAGUGACUGAUGAUGAGAUCAGUGAUGAGGAUCAAGACAAAAAUGAGGAGUUAAAGUCAUCCGAGGUCAGUCCACGUCUAACCCGGUCCAAGGGAAAUAAAGCCAAGCGCCGCCGCAUAGUCGUGGCCUCAGAUAGCGAGGGAUCCGAUGAUGAAUUCAAACCAGAGCAAGCCACAAGCAGCAGUGAGGACGAAGAAGAAGGAGUCACAGUGAGCAGUGAGGCCAAAGAAGCAGAGAGCCCACAAGAGUCUGAAGCGGAAAGCCCGGUUAAGCCUGUAAAGCGUAAACGUCCCACGGAGAAGCCUGCGAUUGCAAAGCCAAAGAUAGCCAGCACCCCUUCCGGUGCACCAAAACGAGUUCCACCAUCUAUAGCUGUUGACACAAAGUCUCGUUUAUCAGUCUUUUCAGCCCAUGACAGCUUUGAUAGCCAAGCCAAUGGGUCAGCCACAGUUGGCGGAUCCACAAUUUGGGACCACGAGAAGCUGGAGUGGUUACAGAAUCACAGGAGGAAAGACAGUCAAAGGCGUAAAGUGACGGAUGAGGGAUAUGAUCCUACCACUCUGUAUGUGCCAGAAGACUUCAACAACAGAAACACUCCUGGUAUGCGUCAGUGGUGGUUUAUCAAAUCCAGGUUGUUGGACACCGUUAUUUUCUACAAAGUUGGAAAGUUCUACGAACUCUACCACAUGGAUGCUGUGAUCGGAGUCAAUGAGCUUGGACUGACUUUUAUGAAAGGGACCUGGGCACAUUCUGGCUUUCCAGAGAUUGGUUUUGCACGCUUCUCAGGUGUACUAGUCCAGAAGGGCUACAAGGUGGCACGUGUGGAGCAGACUGAAACCCCAGAGAUGAUGGAAGCCCGAUGUAAGACUCUGGUCAAGCCCACUAAGUUUGACCGUGUUGUGAAAAGAGAGGUGUGCAGGAUCAUUACGCGGGGCACCCAAACCUACAGCGUGUUGGACGGUACUCCUGCUGAGAGUCAGAGCAAGUUUCUGUUAAGUUUAAAGGAAAAACCUGAAGAUGAAGGAAAGGGUGGUUGUUGCCGUGUCUAUGGAGUCUGCUUUGUAGAUACUUCUGUGGGCUUCUUCCAUGUUGGUCAGUUUCCAGACGACCGGCAUUGUUCACGUCUACGCACCCUGAUUGCACACUUUGCCCCUGCUGAAGUACUUUUCGAAAAGGGGAACCCAUCCGUUGAAACACGCAAAAUACUAAAGGCUUCUCUCGCUACAGUGCUACAGGAGGGACUGAAUUCAAGCACUCAGUUCUGGGAUGCUCAGAAGACUCUGAAAACGCUUUCAGAGGAAGACUACUUUAGAACAAGUGCAGGCAAGGACCAUGGGACAGGGAGUAGUUUUCUCCCUGGUAUUCUUAAAAAAAUGACCUCUGGGAGUGAUUUGCUUGGUCUUACCCCCAAGGAGGGCUACGAACUGGCACUCUCGUCAUUGGGUGGAUGUAUCUUCUACUUAAAGAAGUGUCUUGUAGACCAGGAGCUACUCUCCAUGGCGAACUUCGAAGAAUACAUCCCUGUCGAUGUGGAAAUGGAGAAAUCUGCCAGACGAAAAAGUGUCUUUGCUCGGACACGCCAAUGCAUGGUCUUGGAUGGAGUGACUCUGGCAAACCUUGAGAUAUUUCAGAAUGGCUCUGGCGGUACAGAGGGAACGCUGCUCGAGCGCCUCGACACUUGCUCCAGCCCCUUUGGAAAGCGGCUACUCAAGCAGUGGCUCUGUGCUCCUCUCUGUAACCCAAGAUCCAUCAGGGACAGACUGGAUGCACUGGAAGACCUGAUGGCUGCUCAAGCACAAGUGUCUGAAGUUUCAGACCUCCUUAAGAAGCUUCCAGAUUUAGAGCGCCUCCUGAGUAAAAUUCACAGCAUUGGCACACCACUGAAGGGGCAAGACCACCCAGACAGCAGGGCGGUUCUCUAUGAGGAGGUCACCUACAGUAAGAGAAAAAUAGCAGACUUUCUUUCAGCAUUUGAAGGUUUCCAAACGAUGCAGGAGAUUGUCAAUGUCUUUGCAGCAGUUACUGGUAACUUUCAGUCCACAUUACUCUGCAAAGUGGUCAGUCUUAAGAGUGACAAUGGUGGUCUUUUUCCUGACCUGUCUGCUGAACUCAAGCGCUGGGAGACAGCCUUCGACCACCAAAAAGCUCGGGCCACUGGUGUCAUUAGCCCGAAGAAGGGCUUUGACUCAGAAUAUGACCAGGCUCUGGUAGGCAUCAAGAGUUGCGAGCGAAAGCUACAGGAUUAUCUUGACCGACAGAAAAAGAGAAUAGGCUGCAAGAACAUGGCGUACUGGGGUACUGGGCGAAAUCGCUUUCAGAUGGAGGUGCCCGACAGCAUCUCUGAGAGGAAUAUUCCAGAAGAAUAUGAGGUGAAGUCGACAAAAAAAGGCUGGAAGCGUUACGUGACGAAGGAGUCUGAGCAGCUGUUCUACGAGUUACAAGGAUUUGAGGAGAAGAGAGACGCUGCUCUGAAAGACUGCAUGAGGAGGCUCUUCUACAACUUUGACAAGAACUACAGCAACUGGAAGACUGCGGUGGAGUGCAUGGCUGUGCUCGACGUUCUAUUGGCCUUAACACGAUACAGCCAAGGGGGAGAUGGUCCAAUGACCAGGCCACAGGUGGUUCUCCCGGAUGGGGAUAAGCAAGUAGCACCCUUCCUCGAGCUCACUGGUUCUCGUCACCCUUGUGUUACCAAGACAUUCUUUGGCGACAACUUCAUUCCUAAUGACAUCUACAUCGGCUGCCCCCGUGGCAGCAAGGAAGAUGACAUGCAAAAAAGUCAUGCCUCCUGUGUCCUCGUCACAGGGCCCAAUAUGGGUGGAAAGUCGACUCUCAUGAGACAGUGUGGACUUGUGAUUGUGCUCGCUCAGUUGGGUUGCUUCGUUCCUGCCGUGAGUCUGCGUUUCACACCAGUCGAUCGAGUCUUCACUCGGCUGGGAGCUUCCGAUCGUAUCAUGGCUGGUAAAGAAAAAAAAGAAGAGGGGGAAAAAAAAACAACAUUUUCUGCACUUCUUUUAAUCAUCUUCUCUGCUAUAGGAGAGAGCACCUUCUUUGUUGAGUUGAGCGAGACUGCAUGUAUUCUGCACCAUGCCACCAAACACUCACUUGUGCUUCUGGAUGAAUUAGGAAGGGGCACGGCCACAUACGAUGGCACAGCCAUCGCCUGCGCUGUUGUGAAGGAGCUCGCUGAAAAGAUCUGCUGUCGUACCCUCUUCUCUACACACUACCACUCCCUGGUGGAGGACUUCGUCAACAAUCCUGCGGUGUGCCUCGGCCACAUGGCGUGCAUGGUGGAGAACGAGUGUGAGGAUCCAAGCCAAGAGACCAUUACUUUCCUCUACAAGUUCAUCUCUGGGGCAUGUCCCAAGAGCUAUGGCUUCAAUGCUGCUCGACUUGCCAGCCUACCAGAAGAGGUCAUUCAGUCAGGGCACAGAAAGGCCAGAGAGUUUGAGAAGAGCACCAUCAGCCUUAGACUCUUCAAGAAGCUCUGCCAGUUUGCAGAAGACCCCAGACAGGACAAGUCCCACUUUGCUGCACUUGUUCAGAUGAUCCAAAGCAUAUAAGUUGGAAACCUGUUUUUGUUUUUUCUUCCCCCCCGGCAUGUUCUAUCACACCGCAAUACGGUGUAAUAACCCCACACUCACGGUACACUACACUCCCUGGGAUCAUAUUUACAUAUGUAGUCAGUUCAUGAUAUUAAACAACCUUUCCAGCACUGUGGCUUAGUUUGAUGCAUAGUACUCAAACUUCUCAACAAACCAGUUUGCCCAAGCUUGUUGUCAAUGGCCAUGUUAGUGUAUUCUUUGUUCUGUUGAAGACAAAACACUACUGCUGUGAUCUAAUAGUUUAUUUUAUUUUUUUUAAAAAGACAAUGUUCACCUAGGAAAUUAAACCUUUAAUUCAA